AUGUCAAUUGUCAAUUUGAUAAGAAAUAUCAUAUUUCGGAGCCCGCGGUGGUACCGAGAGACAUCUGGUGGAGCCUUAAGAGAAAUCCGUGAAGGUGAAGGUGCAGGGCGGUACAACAUAAUAGCAGACGCACUUAGCAUCCGGCGAGCUGAGUUGAGUGAUGACGGUCGCUGGGCGUGCCGAGCUGCAAAUACCCACGGACACUUGACUUUGCGACUGCACCUCGCACUACGCGCUCACCUAACCGUACAUGUACAGCCGCAUACACAAGUAGUAAAUAGUGGUGGCACAGCAAUCAUAAACUGCACGUGGGGUGGAUGGCCAUCUCCGCGACUGGAGUGGCUCCAUAACGGUAUCCCCGUGAGCACAGGUAUCGCUGGUGGUCGUGUACGUGUACAAAAUGGUGGUGAACAACUUGUUAUAGCAUCCGUACACCGCGCGGAUAAAGGAGUCUACCAGUGCAUGGCAAGAAAUGAGAGGGAUUCCGCACAAGCAAGUGCUGAAAUCAGAUUAGGAGACACGGCUCCAGAACUUCAAUAUACGUUUAUCGAGCAAGUGCUGCGUCCAGGACAGGUGGUAACAUUAAAGUGUUCAGCUGCUGGAUCACCUCCUCCCCAUUUUACUUGGAUGUUAGACGGACAGCCUCUCAAUACAAUGGCGAGAGGACAUAGGUACAGUGUUGAGCAAUUUGCGACAAAAAGCAAUGACGUGGUGAGCUACUUAAACAUAUCUGCAGUGAGAUCAGAAGAUGGAGGCCUAUACACCUGCAGAGCCGCCAACUCAUUGGGAGAAAUCUCGCAUACAUCUAGACUCAAUAUUUAUGGACCACCAUACGUGAGAUCGAUUGGACCAAUCAGAGCAGUCGCAGGCCGGGAACUGGUGCUGUACUGUCCUUAUUCGGGAUACCCUAUAAGCUCAGUAAAAUGGGAACGAGACGGUAAUCAAGUAGAAUGGGACAGCAGCGUCACUGGAGCUUUGAGGGUCGCCCGAGUGGAAGCAUCACACGGUGGGGCUUACACAUGCGCUGUAACAGGACCGCACGGAGAACUCGCUCGGAGGGAGCUUCAGCUCGUUGUCUCCAAUCCUCCAGAAAUAGAGCCUUUUUCAUUCUCUGCUAAUCUCCAAGAAGGAAAGCGAGCUCAAGUCAGUUGUAGCGUUAUCUCGGGAGAUAUGCCGGUGCAUUUCAUGUGGCUGAAGGAUAAUGGGCCUAUACCAUCUUCACUCCAGGUGGAAGAGCGAGGAGCGGAUUUUUUCAGCAAUCUUGUAUUCAAAGAAGUGUCAGCCCGCCACAGCGGACUGUACACAUGUGUCGCGUCCAACAACGCAGCAAAAGUUAACUAUACCGCCGAGCUGGUGGUGAAAGUAUCACCAAAGUGGGUGACUGAACCAAAGGAUGAAGCGGUGUUGGCUGGUGAGCCUGUAGCUAUGAAUUGUGAAACUACUGGCUCGCCCAAUCCGCAGGUUACUUGGUUAAAACAGAGAGCAGGUUCCACGUCAGAAUACAGUCCGCUGGUGAACUUGGGCGGGCGAUUUCAAUUCCAUACUAACGGAACUCUAUGGAUAGAGUCUACUCUACCUUAUGAUGAGGGCUACUAUAUGUGCAGGGCGGAAAAUGGCAUUGGUACACCCCUAUCUAAGACUAUAUUCUUAGCUGUUAAUGAGCCAGCUCGAUUUGAGUUGACAUCUCAUAAUGUAUCCGCGAGACGCGAGGCGGCCGCCACACUGGCGUGCGAAGCAAGAGGCGAUGCCCCGUUACGUCUGACGUGGUCAAGGGCUGUACGGCCUUUAGAUUUGUCUACUUAUAGAAUAAGUGUAUCAGAAGCAAAGACAGAUGCUGGACUCCGUUCCCAGCUAUACAUAAGUCGGACCGAGCGACUUGAUUCUGGUGUCUACAAGUGCCAAGCUGUUAAUGCAUAUGGACAUAGCGACCAUUAUAUAUAUCUAUCCGUCCAAGAAAAACCAGAGACCCCUCAAUCUCUAUCAGUUACCGAGAUCCUCUCACGUGCAGUACGUUUAUCCUGGAGUCAGGGAUUUGACGGGAAUUCCCCAUUGGAGGCCUAUACUAUCCAAUAUUGUGCCCUAUCUGCCCAAGGAGCCAUUCGUGUCUCUCAUUGGGACUCAGCUACCACACUCAACGUGUCCGUCCAUGGGCCUUCACAUGCACACGUUAUUCUAACAAAGAAGGGAGAUAUUCACUACGAGUCACUGUUGAGCAAUUUGAGGCCACACACAGCGUAUAUGAUCCGGAUCGCUGCUAUUAAUCAAAUCGACCGAAGCCCAUAUACAGAGCCCGUUGUUGUCAAAACACAGGAAGAAGCACCAUCCGAGGCUCCAAGUAGCGUCCAAGUGAGUGCUGGUGGGCCUGGUGAACUUCAAGUUAGUUGGCGUGCUCCCCCUCGUGAGGCUUGGCAUGGCGAACUACUGGGAUAUUCUGUAACCUGUACUGAAACCGGACAGGAUGGCCUGCUCACUAAUGCCACAAGGACACUGACGGUUAAUGGAUGGUCUGCAACGGAGCUCAGUCUUUCAUCGCUGAAGAAGUUCACGCGAUAUGAAGUUCGAGUCCGAGCGUUCAAUGGAGUUGCCGCUGGUCCUAGUUCUCCGCCUGUUACUGCUACAACUCUGGAAGGAGUUCCAGAGUCACCGCCGACGCGUGUAUUGUGUUCAGCUCUGUCGUCGUCCAGUAUGAAGGUGUCAUGGAGCCCACCACCACCAGCGAUGAGAGGUGGAAUCAUACAGGGAUAUAAAGUUAUAUACGCACCACUAACAACUAACCAUGCUGAUGUAGCCGAAAUAAAGCGCGUGACGACAACAGACACAUAUUUGCACACGUUGCACAAAUACACCAACUAUUCUCUACAAGUGUUGGCUUUCACUAACGCCGGUGACGGAAAACGCAGUCCACCAGUAUUCUGCAUGACAGAAGAAGAUGUGCCCUCGGCUCCUGAGAAAAUAAAGGCAUUAGCCUAUUCCAGCGAUUCAGUGCUAGUGAGCUGGUUGCCUCCAAUACACCCGAAUGGAGUCAUAUCCCACUACACUGUGUAUUAUAGAGAGGCUGGAAGAUUAGGAAAACACUCAAGUUUCACAGUAUCUGCAGAGAAGAACCAGGAGAUUGAGUUAAUGUUUCAAGUUCGGAAUUUAAUGGAGAAUCAGCUUUACGAGUUCUGGGUGUCUGCUACGACAGGUUCAGGGGAAGGGGAAUCCACCUUAGUAGUUGGACAAGGACCUAGUUCCAGAAUACCAGCUCGUAUAGCGUCUUUCGGAGGGGCGCGUUCCGUCCGGUUAGGUCACAGUACAGUGCUAGCGUGCUCAUGCGUAGGUGUCCCUGCGCCUCGCUCUCGAUGGGCACAUCAUCUCGAUCCUGUCACACACCAUCACUACUAUCAAGUCACACGGGCUGGACAUCUCCAUAUAAGAGAAGUAAACGAGCAUUCCUCCGGUAACUUCACGUGCACGGCCCAUAACAGCAUAGGAGAAGAUUCCGUCAUCUACGUAGUGAACGUGGUUCUUCCGCCUGGAGCGCCAGCACUCUCCCUGCAGUACACCACUGCCAGUAGUGUAAAGCUUCACUGGCGACUUCCACAGGAUUCUACGCCCGUGCUGGGAUAUGUUCUCCACUAUAAAGAAGCGGCUGAACCAGAAUGGCACAACGUGGAACUCUCCCCAGAACUAACGUCCUAUACUAUGGACAUGCUGAAGUGUGGGACGACGUACAAUGCCAAGAUCCAAGCGCAGAAUAAAAUAUCUUUGGGACCGCCCAGUGAAGUUCUUACUGCAACUACUAGAGGGGGACGUCCUAAAGCACCGAAACCCGAAGACCACGUCCACAUGAACUCGACGGCCAUAAAGAUCAACUUCUAUGCUUGGCGAGAUGGCGGCUGUCCCAUACUGGGCUUUCGGGUCGCAUACCGUCGGGCGGGAGACGAACAUUGGAUAAAAGUUGGGGAAACUUUAAGUGCCGCCAGCCAUGUACUGGGUGACCUAACUCCAGGUACUUGGUACGAUGUGACGGUGGAAGCCUGGAGCGAAGCUGGUAUAGAGCGGGUCAUGUUACUCGCUGAUACGCAUACACUGGCCGGUGGCCGUAUUCCGCCUUUACAACCAUCAGCGCCACCUUUAGGCAGUGCCAGAUCUGCAGCACUACGAACAGUGCUUGUGUCUUGUGCUGCCAGCGCAGUGGUUAUUGUUGCCGCUCUUGGGACACUACUGUGUCUUUUACAUGGCAAGAGGAAAUUAUUCUGCUUAUCCAGUGAUAAUUAUUUGAGAGACAACAGAAAAUUAAGUGAGAGUAACGAAGCGGAGAGGGAGAAACUUAGAGAGGGACAGAAGUUAUAUUCGUCUUCUUCUAUCAAUGGCAACGAAAAGUCUACUAAUGAUGACUCCUCGGCUGAGUUAUACGAGAUAAGUCCGUACGCAACAUUUGGAGGCGCGGCAGCGCACUCACUACAGUUUCGCACACUAGCACGACGCGAUGAUGACGCAGCCGCACCGCAUCGACGACGCAGAGCUUGUGAUCACUAUCGAUAUGAUGAAUCAAGCCUAUCAAAAUGUUCUACGGUAGAGGCAAGACAUCGUCUUAGGGCACCGCCUGCACCGCCUGGAUGGCGUGAACGGUCCGAUUCCGAUGAUUACAGUGACAGCGCUGCUAAUACUACCACUAAAGGUUCAGGUGGGUCAGGCGGUGGUAGCGCAUAUGGCAGCGGGCGGCGCACUGCCAGCAGCGGAGGCCCGGCCGGGGGCGAUGGCCUCUCCAGCUGCUUCGCCCCAAUACCCCCUGAUAUAUCUUCAUUAAUAGAUAAAUACCAACAACGUAAGGAACAAGAAAGGCGCGAAUGUACGAUACACGUGUAA